UUGUUCUUAUCGUGGUGCCAUAUUGAUAUUGAUGAAAUGUCCAAAGUUUGGAGUCUGCCCCUCUCUUCUUGUGAAUAUGAGAAUUUCGUAAUAAUAAAAUCAUCUGUAUAAAAAUUGAUCUUUUCCUCUCUCGUUACCUUUAAAGCACAAAUAAGUGUAUUAUCCUGAUAACGAAUUAUUUGCGUACUAGUAUUUUUGAGAUGCGCGCUGAGUGCGUCUGACUGACAGUUGUGAAUACACGUCUGACCCCAAAACAAAGUCUCGCGUGAACCAGCAUUACGAGAUUACAGUGUAGGGAGGGCUGCAUGGAGAGCUGGAAAGACAAAACAAAAGCCACACAUUUCAACCAACAGGCGCUGGUCGCUUUCUAUUUUUUUGUAAAGCCAAACAAAUCUGAUUCAUUAUUCUUAUCGAAUUUUCGUUUAACGUCAAUAUUUUAAAAGUUUUGCAUCAUGCCGAGCAGCACGUCUCUGCUGGAGGCCGACGAGGGAGAGUCCGAGGUCCCACCGCCACUAGUGCACGCUUUCGCCGGUAUGGGCCUAGAGGAGCACCACAGCACCCAGAGCCGGACUCCCGAACAAGUAGAUGAAAGCCUCUCCUAUCACCAUCACCACCACCAGCAGCAGCUUCCCCCGGUUUCUCAUUUCAGCCUCCUCGGUACGGUCCUAGACUUGAAGCCUCUUCAUCGGCCGCCCUCGGGAGAUGAAGUGAACAUGACGCCCGAAGACGAAGAGACAGAAGUUGUAGCCGACUCCUCGUUGCUAGCGCAGGCCCACCGCCACCAACACCUCGCACCGGGGCCAGGUGGCUCCGGGAUGCCGUCCGGGAUGGAGCCGCCGCACGUCGAGACGGUCUUGCUGUACAACGGAGAGGAGCGGGAUGAUACCGGGGCUGGCGGCGGCGCCCUGCAGCCGGCUGGCAGCAUGGCGAGGCUGCCGCCCGGCGUGUACGGGGAGCCGGGCUACGAGGCCGAGGCUUCGCUGUUGGCUCGGCGGAAGAGCGUCAACACUACCGAGUGUGUGGCGGUGCCGAGCUCCGAGCACGUUGCAGAGAUUGUGGGCAGGCAGGGCUGUAAGAUUAAGGCACUCCGAGCGAAGACCAACACAUACAUUAAGACACCAGUGAGGGGAGAGCAGCCUGUCUUUGUUGUGACAGGCCGCAAAGAAGAUGUGGCCAUGGCUAAGAGGGAGAUCCUAUCAGCAGCCGAACACUUCUCCCUCAUCAGAGCCUCUCGAAACAAGACGGGCCCCCUGUCUGCAGCAACCGGACCAGGGACCCCCACUCUGCCGGGACAGACAACCAUUCAGGUGCGGGUACCAUAUCGUGUUGUUGGGCUGGUCGUAGGUCCAAAAGGGGCAACCAUCAAACGUAUUCAGCAACAGACCCACACCUACAUUGUGACGCCAAGUCGUGAUAAAGAGCCAGUGUUCGAGGUCACUGGGAUGCCAGAGAAUGUGGACCGGGCAAAGGAUGAGAUAGAGGCGCACAUCGCCCUCCGCACCGGAACCUGCGGAGGCAUUGAAACCCCUGGUGUAGACAACAAUGACUUUCAGUUCAACGGCACAGACGUCAGCUUUGAGAAUUCUGCAGCACCAGUUGGGUUGGGGGAGGUCGGGUGGCUUCAUGCAGGUGCAUCAUCACCAAGUGGUGGUUUGGUGCCACUGAGCGUCAACGGUACUCAGCGAAUCAAUAGCAAUAUUAACAGUGGUGUCCGGAUGUCUUCCACCUACCGAAACGACAGCUCCAGUUCUCUGGGCAGCGGCUCCAGCUCAGCUGAUUCUGUUCAUGGCGGCGGAAAUGGUAACAGAGUGGCAGAUUUAAGCCCGACCUGUCAGUUUAAUGCUAAUGCUAACAACAACAACAACAGUACUGGCGGCAGUACAAAUUUCUGGUUUGGAGAGAGCCUUCUUCCUGUGGGUUCUGAGGAGUUGGUCAGUCUGGGAGGCGGAGGAUCUUCCUCUGGAUUUGACCCGUUAACCAUCUCCACUGCCCAAGCCCCGCACCCGACUGCACAGCCACAAAUCUGGAGCCCCUUUGUGGACCACCAAAUCCCCCAGGCCUUUGAUGCUCGCCAGUCUCAGACAAGUCUGCCCGGGACGCCCCGGCUCUCUCCAACCUUCUCUGGGACAGAAGCCUUGGAGCACCCUCAGGCCCAGCGUGUUAACCGGGGGCCUUUUGGCUCCGUUGGGACCCUCGAUGUUCACAGGUUCCCCUCUUACAGUUCGGCCUUCUCCUCUUCCAGUGAAAGCACCGCCUCUUCCUCCUCCCCUCCUGAAUCCUCCCUCUCCUACCGCCCAGGGCUCGGAUCAGCAGGAAGAGGACAGGAGAUAUGCAUUCACUGUAUGGAUAACCAGGUGAUCGCUGCCUUGGUUCCCUGCGGCCAUAACCUCUUCUGUCUAGAUUGUGCCACCCAUAUAUGCCAGGGUCCAGACGCUGUUUGCCCUGUGUGCCUGUCCCCGGUCACACAGGCCAUACAGCUCCGCAACAUGUGAUUUAAUACAUUUACUUUGAUGGCUGAUGUGGGAUCAGCUUCCCCCAACACUUCCAAUUCAUAUUAUGUGUGGGGAAAUUACAAAACUGACCCCAAAUCAGUGUCUAGCUGUGUCCUCACCCCUGUUUUGUCCAAGCUGGUGUUUGGUUGACAAAAGGUGAGGAAGAAUAGGUGAAUUAGGAAUGAUCUGUAUUUAGGGCAUGAGUUAGGGUGUUCAGCCUGAUCUUGUGCCUGCUAUUGUGAAGUCUUCUUCCAUGAUUGAUUGAUUGAUCAAUGGGAGGGUUGGAAACCCUCUGUGUAGCAUUGGGUGGGGUGGGAUAUAUAUAUUUUUUUGCUCAUCAUGAUUUUUUAUUUACUUUUUCUCCCUGAAACAUCAGUUUCUGCCUACCUAUAUUUUAUCAAACAUGUUAAAUGUGCUUAGAAUUCUCUUAGAUACAUAGGCUUUCAGGUCAAAAUUAUUUUUGUCUACAUCUCAAUUUUUUUCCAUUUAAAAAAAAAAAAAAAAGUAAAAAAAAUUGCUGCUAUAGUUGUUUUUAUGUGCUAAAACGUGGCCCAGCCCCUUUCGCCUCUCAAUUUUUGUGCCCACUGCAAACUUAAAGGAAAGCAGAGGUGAGCAUGUUUACAUAAGAAUCCCACAUAUGAAUAUGUAUAAAUGAAUAGUAUUCUCCAUAAAAUUUGAAUGCCUACUGCAGUAAACUGGAUAUAAUGUACACAUACUGCAUUAUCCUGGCAAAUGCCACGCUAUCCCAGAUAAUUUCCUUAACUUUAUCAGGUGAUGUUUACAUGCUCCAGAUCAUAAAUCAGAAUUUCAGAGUAUUGCUGAUAUUAACAGCAUAUUGAUAGGCGUGCAAACACACCCACAGAGGGUUUUUAAACCAAUUGGGUUAAACCUGCAACUGCAAAGAUGUCACACUCCAAUGGCAAACUCCAUUGUUGCCUCAGGUUUCUUUAUUUCCCAAACUAGAACCAACAAGUGGGUAACUCUACUUUUGUAGAGUAUCAGGAUGUUACUCCACUUAAGUAUCGCCACGUUGCUUUCCGUUUCUACUUUAAAAAAACUGUUUACGGUAAACUCGUGCCUAAUUCCGUUCUGAGUAAACAAAAAAGAAACGACUGGUUCAGCGGACGCACAGUGUCGUUCUGUCUUAAAACACAAACUUGUGGCCUUUUUGGAAAGCCUGUAAUUAACUGACAACACUAUCUACCAAUCCAGACCUUUGGUCGAAAGAACACAAGCUGACAGAUCAAGGUCUUAAUGUAUUUGUCAAAGUUCAAUCUCUUAAAAGCAUCUCUGUGGAACAAAGGUUAUAUCACAGGGAUGUUUUCUUUUGCUUCCUUUUUUUUGUUUGUUUAGGGUUUCUCAAGUAAACCACCUAUUGCUUUAUCUUUUUACACACUCCCAUUUGGUUUAUUUCUGUUUCCAUAUUUAUUCCCUCAUGGUUUUUUGUUUUUGCCUCUUUUAAAAUUUCUCAGUUACAUCUUUGCUUGGGGAAACCACAUGCUGGUUUCAAGCUAGAAAGAUAUGCCUGAAAGGGACUUGAUUACUCCUUUGGAAACAUUCCUCCCCCCUGUGUAGUCACUUUUGUAGAUAGUAUAAGCAUGGCUAGAAUAGGGGAUAGCUUAGAUUGUUUUGAGGUGGGCUUGUAUGAGGUACUUAAACAUAGCCAUUAGCCUGACUCACUGGAUCUAGACUAUGGGUAAAGCCCCCCCCCUUUGAUUUGAAAAGAGCCUUGAUGAAUGUGAUGGCUUUAGUUACCAGUUGGAAAGAGCCGUCUAAUGGCAAGGUAAAGUGGAGAACAUGCUUAAACUGAUAUAGUUUUUAAGUGUACCAUGCUGGUACAAGGACUAUAGAUAAGUACCCCAUAAAACCUCACUUAAAAAUGUGAAAUAUCCCUUAAAUAAUAAAACUGGGAGCCCAAAGAGCUGGCUUUCUAUGAAGACAGUUGGAAUCUAGAACAAACCCCCAACAGACUUUUCAGUCAUCUCAAUAGUGUCCUUUGCUGUUACUUGAACUGCUUGAUCCUGUGGCCGUUUCUUCACAGCCAUUUUGUGUCCUUGUUGGUAAACAGUCCGCAAAAUUACAUCGGGAUGCAAAUUGAGACAACGGCCACCCACGUCUUGUCUACCAGGCCUAUGCAACAGUAGUAGUAUCAGUAUGGAGGAAGCACUAGAUAAAUUAAACUCCUCUUUGUUUUAAUUACAGAACUCAAACUAUCUUGGGUGUAAAACUUGUAGACAGGCCCUUCUGUUUUUACUACCACAUCUCACUUGGGGUUGACCUCCAUCAUCUGCUCUAAUACACUGAUGAGAUGUUUCGAUGGCACACACUUUGUUUCUCAUGUCUCAUCAGCUCUUUUGCUGCGGCCCUUUCCCCUACGCAGCAGAGCUUUCCCCAUAUCUUAUCAGACUAUUGACAAGUUUGAACUCAAAAAUCGCAUAUGUCCGUUCCUCUGCCUGAAAAGUGAAGAAAAGGUACAAAUUGGUGGAAAUCAUCUCAAAUCUUAGCUUUAAACACCAGUGUCUCCAGACUUUGUUCGACAGGGUCGAUUGAGUUGACGGACAUUUUGAAGGGGAAGCAGCUGGAAUGAUUUCAUCUUGGACUGUGCUGACACUACAGAAGUUCAAUACUGUUGCUUUACUUUGUGGACAUUGGACCACAGUCCGUCUAGCAUUCCAGCUGUAAACAGUAUUUGGGAGUUCUUUAAUUGCUUGCCCCCCCCCCCCCAUAUCUGCUUCUGCCCCCCUCGGGUCUUCUCUCCGUCCUCUUAUUUUACUUCUCAACGAAGGGUUGAUCUCUCUUUGCUCUCUUUCUCUCUCUCUCUGAGGGAAUGCAAUACACUGUCAGCCCUCGGUUUAUUGACAUGAAUCUAUUGACAUUUUUGUGUAUGUAUUAUAUGAUAUUACUGUUAAUGACUGAUAAAUAUACAGAACUUAUUUUUAUUUUGUUACAUUUCAUAUAUAUACAUAAAUAUAUCUAUAUUAAAAUGUUUACAAUAAGAUUUUAAUUUUUUUUAAACUUUUCUCUGAGUGGUUAAGUGAAUGAAGAGUUGGAAAUGCAGAAAUGUUGCAGGAGGAGGGUGUCAGUGCUAUCUGCUUGUAGUCUAGUUAUUAGUUUACAGUAUUGAUGAUAAUAGUAUUGAUAGCUGCCGUAGUGGAAAAUGGAAUGUGCAUCACGAGCAUGUCUUCAUAAUGUAUCGCCAAUGUAAAACACUGCAACUGUAAAAAGGCCAAGGAUUCAAGCUGCCCGUCAUGUCUGUACGCCACCAAAUUAAGAACGGUAUACUGUAAAAUGUAUCUUAGAUUAUCUAUAUAUAAAUACAUAUAUUGUUAAGCUGUACCAACAGUUCAAAGUAUUUGCUAAUUUUACUACACUUUUGUUAUGUAUAUGUAGGGGGAGUCUUAUGGCAUAUAAAUUCUUCAAAUUGAGUCAGGAGUUUAAAAGCAGACUAUAUUUUAUAACGGCCUUUUAAGUUAUUGCGGCCAAAGCACUGAUAUUAUAUAUUUGCUGUAAAGAGAAUUUAAGAGUUUUAUUUUUCUGAUAUUAAAGUUACUUAAUAAAGACGGUUUCAUUUUAA